AUAAUAAGGGAAUAACAUAUUUGAAUCUUUUUAGGAAAACAAUGGCAAAGAAAGUGGAAAUUUACGGUGGUUUUGGAGAAGAAUUUGAUGAUGGUGUUUACGACAGUGUGAGGAAAGUGUGUGUUGGAGUAUAUGGUGACCGUGUAAGCUCUGUUGAAUUCGAGUAUGGUAAGGGAGACCAAUCGAUAAUUCGUUCUCACGGCCAAAAAUCACAAGAAAGUAAAGAGUUUGUGCUUGACCAUGCACGUGGUGAAUAUAUAAAAUCCGUGGAGGUAACUUCCCAUGGAAAUGGUUUAAUCUCUUCUUUAACGUUCAUAACAUCAGUGGAGAGAGACCGUGAGGUAUUUGGGAAAGUGGAAGGUACAAAAAAUUUCCUCGAAGCAAAAGGGUUUGAUAAGCUUGUCGGCUUCCGAGGAAGGUCUUACCUUGACCGUCUCAAUGCUCUCGGAGCACAUUUUGCGGUGGUGCUAACUCCUCCGGUCAAAAAACUAGAAGCAAAAGGUGGGAACUUUGGGGACGAGUGGGAUGACGGGGUCCAUGACAAUGUUCGUAAGAUAACAAUCAGACGCAGCGAAGGAUCUGUGGAAAUGGUCAAGUUUAAGUACGUGAAUGGAACGGAGAUUGUAUUGGGAGACGCUCAUGGGGAUACUUCACAGCUUCCGUAUGUAAAAGAAAAGUUCGUGCUUUCUGAAGAUGAAUACCUCACAUUUGUUCAUGGACACUAUGGUCAAAAGUUUCCAGUUGGACAAUCCGUUAAUUUGCAUGGUCGCUUUUGCGACGGUAUAACGAUGCUUAAGUUCAAGACAAACAAGGAUACAUAUCAAGUGUUAGGAGCCGAAACAGAAGGUUAUGAGUAUGUGGGCACAUCGUUCGUGUUGGGGGAGACUGAUCACAAGAUUGUUGGGAAAACAAUGGCAAAGAAAGUGGGAAUUUACGGUGGUAUUGGAGAAGAAUUUGAUGAUGGUGUUUACGACAGUGUGAGGAAAGUGUGUGUUGGAGUAGAUGGUGACCGUGUAAGCUCUGUUGAAUUCGAGUAUGGUAAGGGAGACCAAACGAUAACUCUUUCUCACGGCAAAAAAUCAUCACAAGAACGUAAAGAGUUUGUGCUUGACCAUGAUGAAUAUAUAAAAUCGGUGGAGGGAACUUUCCAUCAUUAUUAUUUCAUCUCGUCGUUAACGUUCAUAACAUCAGUGGAGAGAGACCGUGAGGUAUUUGGGAAAGAGGUUGGUACCAAAUUUGUCCUCAAAGCAAAAGGGUUUGAUAAGCUUGUCGGCUUCCGAGGAAGGUCUUCCCUUGACCGUCUUAAUGCUCUCGGAGCCCAUUUUGCGGUGGUGCUAACUCCUCCGGUCAAAAAACUUGAAUCAAAAGGUGGGAACAACUUUCGGAACGAGUGGGAUGACGGGAUCCAUGACAAUGUUCGUAAGAUUAAAGUAAAACGCUACCAAGAAUCUGUGGAAAUUGUCCAGUUUAAGUACGUGAAUGGAACGGAGAUUGUAUUGGGAGACGCUCAUGGGUUUACUUCACAGCCUUCUAUGGUUAAAGAAAAGUUUGUGCUCUCUGAAGAUGAAUACAUCACGUCUGUUCAUGGACACUAUGGUCAAAAGAUUCCAGUUGGACAAUCCUUUAAUUUGCAUGCUCGCUAUUGCAAUGGUAUAACGAUGCUUAAGUUCAAGACAAACAAGGAUACAUAUCAAGUGUUAGGAGCCGAAACAGAAGGUUAUGAGUAUGUGGGCACAUCGUUCGUGUUGGGGGAGACUGGUCACAAGAUUGUUGGGUUCCAUGGCAAGUCAUCUACAUUUUCUCUUGCACAAAUUGGUGUUUAUGUUUCGCCAAUUAAUAACGCUUAAGCUUUAUUAUCUUUUCUUACUCACUCUCCUAUUACUAUCAUCUCAUAAGUUGAUCUUGUGUUGUCUUCGUAGUUGUUUACACUCUCUUUAACUAUAAAUGCCUUAGUAAAGUGGUAUUUCUUCA